AUGCUCGUUCUUCUCAGAACACAUGACUUCCGACGACGAAUAAGCACAGGAACAGAUUUAUUAGUGGACUAUGGUGGGGAAACGAAAAACGAUUCUGCCGUACGUGAAACAAUCGCGGGCUCACUCGGAGGGAUAGUCGAGGCCUGUUGUUUACAGCCCGUUGAUGUCAUCAAGACUAGGCUUCAACUCGACCGGUCCGGUUCAUACAAGGGAAUUAUCCACUGCGGCGCGACGGUGAUUCGUACUGAAGGUGUGAGGGCACUUUGGAAGGGUUUAACUCCUUUUGCAACUCAUUUGACCUUGAAGUAUGCGCUUCGGAUGGGGUCCAAUGCAGUGCUUCAAUCAGCGUUCAAGGAUCCGAAGACGGGGAACGUGAGUCCUCAUGGGAGGGUUCUUGCUGGGUUCGGUGCUGGCGUUAUUGAAGCUCUAGUCAUUGUCACACCAUUUGAGGCUUUCUAUACCCGUUCCAGAUUUUCAGUGUUUCCAUUAGCAAGGCAACUUAAAGCCACAAGUUCUCAUUGA